AUGUAUUUAAAAUCUACACACUCUCAACUUAUGGACGGUGGACAUAAGUGGGAAAUUACAUUAUUUUGCAAUACCGAAGCAAACAGCAUAGGAUCCGUAGACAUCACACCAAAGUCCAGAGGUUCGAUAGUGGUCCCAAACAAUUCCAAACCAAAACCAACAGCAUACACGAUGAAUUACACCGUAUCGAAAUAUGAUCAACCCCCUUAUAACUUCACGGCUACGAUAACGUUUAACAAAACGAACGAGACGAAAACCGUUAGCGUGCCCGCUAAUAUGGCCACCGAUAGGAAAAGAAGAAAAACUGAUGGCGGUUCGGAUGACGAUGACGAAUAUUAUCACGAUCAAAAUCGACAUGAUGGUUUUGAUGAUUCUCAACAAAAAGAACAGCCUCCUUCCCCUCCUGAAAAGGAUCAUCAGAUCAAAAAAGGAAAGAAAUUUUUGUGCAUUUAUUUCGAUGGGAAAUCGAAACCUUUAUCUGAAAAGGAUGAUGUAUCGAAAGGGAAAUGCUGUAUCAUCAUGUAA